AUGGCCCUUAAAUCAAUCCCUUUAAUCAUCGCAAUCCUCUCGUUUCUGUUCGCGUCGGCCGCCGAGGGAGCCUCCGGUAGAGGUGCCCUCGUCGGCGGCUGGAAGUCGAUCGAAGAUCUGAAGGACCCGGAGGUGGUGAGGAUCGCCAAGUUCGCGGUGGCGCAGCACAACAAGGAGGCUAGUACCAAUCUGAGCUUCGUGGACGUGGUGAAGGGCGAGUCGCAGGUGGUAUCGGGCACCAAUUACCGGCUGGUUAUCUCCGCCGUCGACGGUGGCGCCGGCGCUCCUCGGAAUUACACCGCGGUGGUGUGGAGCAAGCCCUGGGAAAAAUUCGUGAAGCUAAUUUCGUUCAAAUGA